AUGAAGGUGGAAACCCAGGAGAACGGCUCCUCGACCACAUCGGUAGAUCCUAGCGGGCUUGCUCAGGAUGCUGCUGAGCCUCAGAAGCAACAAUCUAAGAACGAGACUAAUGGCGCUGAGAAUACUGCGCCCGCGGAGAAUGGCCAGCAGAAGUCCACCAACGCAAAGGAUCCGUCCCGUCCGCGACGGAAGAAGGCACGACGGGCCUGUUUCGCCUGUCAACGGGCGCAUCUGACCUGCGGUGACGAGAGACCGUGUCAGCGAUGUAUCAAGCGAGGGCUUCAGGAUGCCUGCCACGACGGCGUCCGGAAAAAGGCCAAGUACCUUCACGACGCCCCGGACGGAGCCUUGAUGCCCGGCGUCGUCGGCGGCGGCGGUGGCAACAAUAAUUACUACAACAAUAAUGCUGCGAUGCGAAACAACAGCCUCCCUCUGUCGCGAAACGGUGCCAAUGCUGUUAACGCGAAUACGCCGCAAAACUCAGGCCCCAAUUUCUACCCCAACUCCCAGUCGAGCUCCUACAACGUCUACCAAGAGAAUCCCCUCCAUCAGAAUUCCUUUCCCUCACAGUCUCCUGUCUCGCCCACCUUCAACCUUAAAACCACCCCGACCGCGCGCCAUAACAGCAUGUCCUCCGUCGGCCAGCAACCGCCCUCCUCCAGCGUCGCCAGCGCCACCCCAGGCCAGAACCCGCUGGCCGGGCCAUUUUUCGACCCCAGCGACCCGGCCCUCUUCAACUUCGACUUGUCCAGCAUGAACUUUGAGAACCGUUAUGGCGCGCUGGAGUUUGGCAUGCUGGGACACAUGGCGACAGGCGCCGGCGAUUCGCCCAGCGACUCGGCCACGCAACGGGGGUCCAUGGGGCGCAGUGGCUCCGCACAGUUCGCGAGCACCCCAAUCACGGGGACGGCCGCGUUCGGCGACAGCCCCGGCGGCGGCCAGCCGCCGUUCAUGUUCGGCGAUCCGCUCCUCAAUGAGUGGCCCGGGGGCCAAUCCGCAGGCCAGCCGCCGAUGACCGUGGGCGGCGGCGUGUAUGCGCAGUCCGGCCCGGGGAACGUGAUCCCCCCCGGACACCUGUCCAAAACCGACGCGCCCCAUGCUUUUGCCAUCGAGAGCGGUCCGGGGAGUUUCGCCAGUCCGCAGAUGGCGACCGCGUUUGACGAGGCGACCUUUAACAACAACAGCAGCAGCAGCAACAACAACAAGCAUGCGGUGCCGACGCCGUCGAACGGCCUGGCUCCGAACGGACAGCGCCCGACGAUCACGACGCCCAGCCUGAAGUACUCGAGCCUACAGCAGGUGAGCGUGCGCCGACGGCCGCGGAACCCGUCGUCCAUCUACGAGAACGUGAAGGAGCCGUACGCGUAUACGAACCGAUUCCACAACCUGACGGCGUGCAUCCAGCGACGAUUCCCGCCCCAGAAGACACUACAGAUCGCCAAGGCGUUGGCGUCGAUCCGGCCAUCGUUCAUCGCGACGACCAAGACGCUGAACCGAGACGACCUGAUCUUCAUGGAGAAGUGCUUCCAGCGCACGCUGUUUGAGUACGAGGACUUCAUCAACGCGUGCGGCACGCCGACAAUUGUGUGCCGGCGGACGGGGGAGAUCGCGGCGGUGGGCAAGGAGUUCAGCAUCCUGACGGGGUGGAAGAAGGAGGUGCUGUUAGGCAAGGAGCCGAACCUGAACGUCAACAUGGGGUCCACGGGGCCUGGGUCGGGGGCGUCGUCGCGCAGUUUCACGCCGCGCAGCAGCGCCACGGUAGAGACGCCGGCGGCGCCGGGGCGGCCGCAGCCGGUGUUUCUGGCGGAGCUGCUGGACGACGAUAGCGUGGUGGAGUUCUACGAGGACUUCGCCCGGCUGGCGUUUGGGGAUUCGCGGGGCAGCGUGAUGACGACGUGCAAGCUGCUCAAGUACAAGACGAAGGAGGACAUGGAGCUGGCGGCGUCGGACGACGGGCAACGAUGGAACAGCCACCUGAGGAAGGGCGGUAUUGCUAGCGAGGCGGGGAUGAACCAGCUGGGAUUCAAGGACGGUAAAGUCGAAUGCGCGUACUGCUGGACAGUGAAGCGCGAUGUGUUUGACAUUCCGAUGCUGAUUGUGAUGAAUUUUCUACCCUGUAUUUGA